AUGGAGGCCGACUGGGAUGAGGUGUCGCGAAUUGCGGUGCCUCCUCCGAGCCCGCAUGUUCUCCCAACUAUCGCAACAGCUAUCGCGUUUGACGACCUUCAGGAGCUUCUGUGGGCUGGCAAUGAAUAUGGACGAAUCACUUCUUUCUACGGGCCUGAGCUUCAAAGGUACACCUCAGUACGAGCGCAUCCAGUGUCGGAAGGCGCUGUACGACAAUUCCUAUUUCACGAAAAAGGCGUUAUAUCUCUCUCAUCAAGAAGUGUUCAUAUGGUCACUCGUCGAGGCCUGACCCAAUGGCAUGUCACACAUCCUGAUAUGACUGACCUCCGUUGCAUGAGCUUCACCGCACAAACGAACCGCAUCAUUGUCGCCGGCUGUCAGAAAACAAUGUUCACAGUGGAUAUUGAUAAAGGCGUUAUAAUCGACACUAUACCAACAGAUGUUAACUAUACUAUCAUGAAAAGAAGUCGAUAUCUGUGUUGCGCAACAGACACGGGCUCGGUGAACGCCCUCAGCCUGGCAGAUUUCAAAGUUGUGAAGACUUGGAAGGCACAUGGUGCGGCAAUUAAUGAUAUGGAUGCACGAAAUGAUUUCCUUGUGACCUGCGGCUUCUCAGUACGACAUCUGGGAGCCCCGAUUGUUGAUCCAUUGGCAAAUGUAUACGACCUUAAAACAUUGACUCCAUUGCCUCCAAUACCGUUUCAUGCGGGAGCUGCUUAUAUACGCAUGCACCCUCGAUUACAUACAACCAGUUUUGUUGCGUCUCAGUCCGGACAGCUACAGGUUGUCGAUUUGAUGAACCCAAACACAAUCAACCUUCGCCAAGCGAAUGUCAAUUUUAUGUUAGGCCUAGAAAUUUCCCCCUCAGGCGAGGCGCUCGCGAUAAACGACGCGGAAUGCUCCAUCCACCUUUGGGGGUCACCCAGCAAGAUUCACUUCAACGAAAUGAGCAAAGAGAUGGAGUUUGCCGACGUGCCACCGCGACCACCUAUGGUGGACUGGUCCGCGGAGACGCCAUUAAAUAUGAUCGGAAUGCCUUACUACAACGAGCGCCUAUUUUCGGCCUGGCCUAGCCAUCUUGUAUUUGAUAUUGGAAGCCCGCCUGCCCAGGUUGAUCCCGCUAUAAUUCCUUAUCUAAGACCAGCUGAGAUUGGACACUAUGCUGCGAACCCCAAGAAAGGACGACGCUAUCAGAUCGAGAACACACGUCAAGUGAUGUCUGCAGAACCUGCACUAGUAGCACCGAAGUUUUUGAGUGAGAAAGCUCGUGAAUCGCCACGAAGUAAAACUGAUGGCGAUCUCGGUGACGUUUCUAGUGCAUUGGCAAGCGCAAAUAUCGGUGCCGAAGUGGAAGAAGACCCCUUAUUGAAAUACAGCAAUGUCGAAAUAAAGUAUAGCAAGUUUGGUGUCGAUGAUUUCGAUUUCAGGUUCUACAAUAAAACCACAUUUUCAGGCCUGGAAACCCAUAUAGCAAAUUCUUUUACUAACUCUCUUCUCCAACUAUAUAAAUUCAUCCCCUUGGUGCGGAAUUUGGCGCUACACCAUGCUGCAAGCAGUUGUCUAUUCGAAGAUUGCCUGUUGUGCGAAAUGGGAUACCUUUUUGAUAUGCUGGACAAAGCAAAUGGUCAAAAUUGCCAAGCUACAAAUCUCCUUAAGGCUUUCAGUAACUCUCGAGAGGCUUCGAAAUUGGGGCUGUUAGAAGAGAACUUGACAAACAAGGCUUUGUCUGGCGCUAUACAAUCGGUCAAUCGGUUCAUUUUGAAUCAAAUUUCAAACGAACAUCGUGCUGUCGCUCCUGAAUCCGACGACCUAGACCGCAAUUUGACUACUGUGGCAUCAGAAUCUGUUCGAUGUAUGUUUUGCCGGAACGAGAUUGUCCGACCAGGAAAUGUCUUUGCCAACGAGCUCAUCUACCCUGUUCCGGAUGCAAAGCAGGUACGACGAACUCCUCCAAUCAAAUUUUCCUCAAUCUUGAAAUCUUCCAUCGAGCGAGAAACCCAAAAUAGGGGCUGGUGUAAUCAUUGCAGAAGAUAUCAGCAAGUGGCUAUUCGCAAGACAGUUCAUCGCAUGCCUCCCGUCUUGAUGUUGAACACCGGCCAUACAACUCCAUAUUUCCGCCAAUUGUGGGCCAGUCCAGGUUGGCUUCCUGAGGAACUAGGUCUUAUCGUUGAAAACGGUCAACUUCAUUGCUUUGAAGGCGAUGCACUUCGAAGCCGAGUGCAAAGCAGAAGUCCAGGGUUGGUUGUAUACGAACUUGUUGGACUUGUUGCUGAAAUUAACAUCACCGAGCAUCAAAAACCACAUCUUGUGUCUUUCAUCAACGUGAACGUGUCCGCACGUCAACCUGAUGAGAAGAGUAAAUGGCAUCUCUUCAACGAUUUUCUAGUCACUGAAGUGAGUCGGGAUGAGGCGUUGAAAUUCACCGAGCCUUGGAAAGUGCCCAGUGUUGUGGCGUACCAGGUAAAAAGCGCAAGACACAAACUUGACGAAUCAUGGAAGGACAAGCUUGACACCACCUUGUUGUUCCAUGAGUGGUCCAUGAAUGGCGGCCGAAUUAUUGAGUCGUGCGAAAUACUUAAACCUGAGGAACGACCGCAACCCGGUACACCGGUUGCUCUCGACACUGAAUUCGUUGAUCUAGAAAAAGCAGAAAUUGAUGUCAAAGCCGAUGGUUCGCAAGAGAUGAUCAGACCAAGUAAAAGCGGCCUCGCUCGAGUGUCAGUGUUGAGAGGAUCAGGGUUGCAUGAAGGUGUUCCGUUCAUCGACGAUUAUAUCACAAUUAAAGAAACAAUUGUCGAUUAUGUGACACAAUAUUCCGGUAUUAAACCGGGAGAUCUCGAUCCACGAACGAGCCAGCAUAAUCUGGUUCCUCUAAAGGUGGCUUACAAGAAGCUAUGGCUACUGCUGAAUUUAGGAUGUGUUUUUGUUGGUCAUGGCUUGGCCUCCGAUUUCAGAAAGAUCAACAUCCAAGUUCCGAAAUCACAAACUGUGGAUACGCAAUACUUGUUCUUUCAUCCUGCCAAAAACCGUCGUCUGAGCCUGCGGUACCUUGCAUGGGCUGUUUUUAAGGAAUACAUUCAAGAAGAAAACACGGAUGUUACGGAAGGUCACGACUCAAUAGAAGACGCCCGGAUGGCUCUCCGAUUAUGGAAGAAGUUUCAGGAAUACGAGGAUGCAGGCAUUAUCAACCAGAUACUCGAAGAGAUAUUCGCUCAAGGAUUCAAACUGGGAUUCAAGCCCCCUCCUCGGAACGGAAACUCAGCGCCUUCUGCUGCUGCUACGUUGACUCGACCAGGAACAGCAAUCAGCAAUAAUGCUACCAAUGGCAGUGGUAGGAAUACGCCUGAUGCAGCAAGUAAUGCGGCCGCUUCGACAGCAGGAACCAGCACACCAUCCACACCCCGACAGGUUUUCAGACGAGCGAAUGCUUUGACGCCGAGUAAUGGGACGUUUGGAGCACCCGGACAGCCGGAUUUCUUUGGUGGAAGUCCACUGCGAUGA